GGAAUCCAUUGUGUGUCAGUUGCAAAUCGGAGAUCGUCCCGUUUGUGUGUGUGUGUUUGUUUGUCUGUCUGUCAGUUUUUCCCGUGAAUGUUUUUGGCUCCCGUUUUCCGAUUUCGUUCGAUCGUAGAAGAAGAAUCACCAUUUUCCAAUUAGUGCUAGACGGAUAACUUAAUCAAACCUGCCCUAAUUUCUUCUUUUCGAAAUUGAAUGAGAAGAAUAUUAGCCCGAAGCCUCCCCUUGUUUGCACCUUAUUAACACUGGUCUCUAUAGUUUAGAGAAGGAGAAGUCAAGAAAUUUGGCCGCCAUGCUGGACUAGCUGGACGAGGAGGGGAGGAUUUUCUCUACCCACACACACACACACACACAUUUCGUUUGCCUACAAAAAUAAAACAAAAAAAAAAACCCAUCCGGGUGCGGAACUUUUGUCAACACUCUGAAGAAUUGUUUGACAUCCAUCAAUAAAGAAGGAAGAGCGAACAAAAUGGAUCACCGUGUCAACACGAUGCCAACGCACAGGAAAGUGGCUUUUGCCCGGCUGCUCAAUCGCAAUCGUUUCUCCAAUGACGAAUUGGAGACACUUUACGGCCGUUACAGUUGUCGAUUACAAACGGCUUCGGUGGUCAGCUGCACGAUCCUCUUACUCAUCAUGGGGGCCGUCCUCUCCUGCCUUCAUUUUUGGUAUUCACGGGGCAGCCCCACCGUCCAGGGCGUCUACCUUUUGCUCCAAACAGCCGCUUGCGCCGCUUUGCUAGCCUUUCUCAUUAUCCGACGCAACGGCCACGAUUCUCACCUCCUGUGGCUGGCCUACGCCCUCCUGGCUCUUUGCACAGCCCUCUGCGUUGCUAGUUUGCCCAUCCCUAUAGCCAGCUGGGCCGGAACAGCCCCUAAAGAUGUGGCUGCAACUUCCAGCUAUUCGCCUUCCAUUGGACUUGUGAAAAAUGUCGAUCAGCUGUCCAGCAAAGCCUUCGGGAAAGACGUCAAUAUGGUGGUGACACGUCCGCCUCGAGGAGGGAAAGGCAAAUCGAGUAAACGUCUGAAUAAUUUGACGGAUGCGAUUCAACCGCCUCCACCGACGCCGACGGUUGCGGCCGCCGAAGGAUUAUGGCCAAUUGUUUUUGCUACUUUCGUAGCCUACGCUCUUCUUCCAUUGCCCACCUGGCUGGCCACGUUGUUUGGCGCUGUAAUGGGCACGAUGCAUUUAGCUGUUGUUGUUCUUUUGCCAACAGCGUUGCCGUGGCUGGCCUGGCAACAAGUGCUGGGCAAUUGUCUGGUCCUUUUGGCCGUCAACACGGUCGGCCUUUUUCUUCACAUGGUGAUGGAAAAUGCUCAGCGCAAAGCUUUUCUCGACACACGCAAUUGCAUCGCUGCCCGUUUGGAGAUUGAAGAUGAAAAUGAGAAACUGGAACGGCUCCUUCUGUCCGUCCUUCCGCAACACGUCGCCGUCGAGAUGAAAGCCGACCUGAUGGCUCCCGUCGAAGGUCAAUUCCAUAAGAUCUACAUCCAGCGCCACGAGAACGUCAGCAUUCUGUUUGCCGAUAUAGUCGGGUUCACCGUCUUGGCAUCGCAGUGCACAGCUCAGGAACUCGUCCGACUACUCAACGAACUUUUUGGCCGCUUCGAUCAAUUGGCCAGCGACAACCAUUGUUUGAGAAUCAAAAUUUUGGGCGAUUGCUACUAUUGCGUGUCUGGAUUGCCCGAUCCACGUUCCGAUCACGCCCAUUGCUGCGUCGAAAUGGGUUUAGACGUGAUUGACGCCAUUGCUUCCGUUGUUGAGGCGACAGACGUCCGUCUCAAUAUGCGAGUCGGCAUUCACACCGGCCGAGUUCUUUGCGGAGUUCUCGGUUUACGUAAAUGGCAAUACGAUGUCUGGUCGAAUGAUGUGACGUUAGCCAACGCCAUGGAAGCCGGAGGUGAACCGGGACGAGUGCACAUUACCGAGUCGACAUUGGCUUGUUUACACGGUGAGUAUCAAGUAGAGCCGGGCAGCGGUGGAUCUCGAAAUCAGUACCUGCGGGAUCACAACGUCCACACCUAUUUUAUAGUACCACCGGCACGUCGUCGUAAGCCGCUCUUGUUUAACACGCUGCAGGUGAGGAGCGCUAUCGGGCAAGCUGGUGGACCUGGGAGCGGAUCGGGUGGCAAUCAACGUCGCAAAUUAUCGUUUCGUAAUGUGUCCAAUGUGGUGGUCCAGCUGCUGCAUUCGAUCAAAUAUUCGGUGGAGGUGCCGUUUUCCAACAUUGCCGCCGCUCCAUCCAUCCAUUCUGUCAACGUGCAACAUCAACAGAAUCCGGCCAAUUGUCACAAUUCCGGUGCUAGCAUGGCUGGUCAUAAAAAGAACAAGGUGACUGACAAGUCGAAACGGCCACUAAAAAAGCGUCAUGCCAGUUUUCAUCAACAUCAGCCGACCAAUAGAGUCAACAAAUUCUUAGCUCAGGCCAUCGAGGCACGUUCGAUGGGACAAGAGAAAUCCAAUCAUGUCCACGCGUUAACCCUCUGCUUCCGUGACUCGCUCAAAGAGGAACAAUACCAGCGGGAUGCGGAUAGCAGUUUCGGAAGUUCGUUGGCUUGCAGUCUGGUCUUGCUAGUGUUUUUGGGUGGUGUCCAGCUGGCCGUUUUGCCUCGGACGCUCAUUCUUCUUCUCCUCUUUCUGACGGCUUUCGUCUGGACUGCUGUCUUACUCAUGAUGCUCUUGGCUGCCCGUCUCCGAUGGCUUCGUUGGGAUGUGACGCACGCGUUUGCCUUCCGGCUAGCCAUCACCGUCUUUACUAUCGUCCUCUUGUGUGCCGUCGCCCAAGUCAACGUGUUUACUUGUCGUCCUGAAAACACGUGCGUUCCCAUCGUAUCGUCCAAUGUCACGCCAUCUGCUGCAGGCUCAGUCGUCGUAGACCAUCGCAGUUGCCCGUUGCCGCACUACAUCAUCCUGUCCGGCGUACUCGGCUUUUUGGGCGUGGCCAUCUUUUUGCGUUUGCCUGCCGUAGUCAAAGGCGUCGUAUUGAUUCUGGUGACAUCCGUCUAUUUGCUACUCUUCCACCUGACCCAUCGGCCUAUCCUCGACUGCUAUGAUGCCCGCACUGGAACGCUGAUCCCUUUACGCGCUAUGGGCUCCUUACAGCUGCUACUUUUCCUGCUCGGAGUCAUCUUGCACGGGCGCCAAGUCGAGUGGACGGCUCGUCUAGAUUUCCUGUGGCAAAGCCAGGCUAAAGAAGAGAAACAGGAGAUGGAUGCACUGCAGCACAGCAAUCGGCGCAUCCUAUUCAAUUUACUGCCGUCGCACGUGGCCCAGCAUUUUCUCGGUCAAGAUGGCCACAAUACGAGGAGCAAUCUGGAACUGUACCAUCAGAGUUAUUCGCGAGUGGGCGUUCUUUUCGCGUCCAUCACCAAUUUCCACGAGUUCUAUAUCGAGCUGGACGGCAAUAAUCAGGGCGUCGAAUGCCUGCGACUUCUCAACGAGAUUAUCGCCGAUUUUGACGAGUUGCUGGGCGAGGAACGAUUCCGUUCGAUCGACAAGAUCAAGACGGUCGGAUCGACUUAUAUGGCGGCUGUCGGCCUCAUGCCGGAUAUGCGGAUCGGACAGGUCGAAACGGACUCUAACGUGACAGCAAGUUUCUACUUGGCUACGCUCGUUGAAUUCGUCUUCGCCAUGAAAGAGAAACUUCUCUGCAUCAACGAAAAUUCAUACAAUAAUUUCACGCUCCGUGUUGGAAUGAACAUUGGACCUGUUGUCGCCGGAGUCAUAGGCGCCCGUAAGCCCCAAUAUGACAUUUGGGGCAAUACAGUCAACGUAGCUAGUCGUAUGGAUUCCACUGGAUUGCCUAAUCACACGCAGGUGACGGAAGAGGUGUAUCAGGUGUUGAGACAUCAGCCCUAUGAAUUCCAAUGCCGUGGGCGUGUCAAAGUUAAAGGCAAAGGUGAAAUGACGACAUACUUCCUGACGGAUCGAAAACAGCCAGCCACCGUUCGCGUCGAUGAUAUUGCGCUGAUGAUGAUGAAGCAGCCCAAUCAUCACAAUGCGAAUAUGAUGGCGUCGAUGUACGGUGGAGUCAUAACGCCGCUGGCAUUAGUCCACCAGCAAAUUAGACAGCAAAAUCAUCAGCAACAAAUGGGUGGCCCUCUAGUGCAGCUUAGGCCGGUUGGCAGGAGUAACAGCGGGAGUGGUGGCAGUGCCAGUCGAGAAAGGCGCAGUCCGAUGCACGAUCCCGGUCACCCGAGAUUUCAUCCGCUUUCUGAAGAAAUGAUAGCACCACCGUUGAUUCCUCCUCCUCCACCGACAUCCGCCUAUCAUCAAGUUCCUCGUUUCUCCAAAAGUCCUUACCUUCAACAGUUGCAGCAUCAACAACAACAACAAUCAGUCAUUCCUAACAUCCAGCCCAAUCCUCCAGUCCCUCGGCACGGUAGCACUCCUCCGCGGAGCAACGGUCGCAUCCAUCACCACCAGCAGCAACAACAACAAGCACCCACGUUGUUGCAUCAACAACAACAACAACAAAUGCAGAAUCUCAGUCCGAUACGCAGCUGCUCCGAGACGGAAAGUGGAUCGCCCUUAGGCGUUGGAUUAUCCGUCAGGACAGUGGCGGCUGGACCGAUCCAGUUGCAAAAAUCGCCAAGCGCUCCACCUCUCAAGAGGCAACACGCUAGUGGCCACCAUUCCGGAAUUCCGGGCCGUCCGGCUUUUGAAUUUCCGGCACCUCCACCUCCUCCUCCACACGGCCCAUCUUCAGCAGCUAGUAGUCGAAACAUGGGCCGUAAUAUGCGCCACCGAUCGGACGAAAGCCUGUCCGGAAUCGGUUCUUCCAUGCGAGGCGAAGUUUACUCCACGCGAAUACAUUCUUCGGCUGAUGACGUCAGUUCGGCUAAUAGGAGCGAACGUAGCGAAAGUGAGACGGAAGACAGCUCGUCGGACGAGAGCUACACCAAAACGGAAGCGGAGGCAGAUCCGGACAGUCCUGGUACAUCUCCAAAUUUCCGAAUUCCUUCGCUCCUGCCACUCAGCCUUGACAUUGAAAAAGCCUGGUCCCGAAUGAACGCGGAAUUCACAGCAAACGGCCAUCGACCCGAAGCUGUUCCAUCUCUUCCAACUCCAGUUCGUCCAGCAGCUACGUCCGCUGCACCGACGACGGAGUCGAUUGAAUUGAAAGAUUUGCAUUUGUUGAAAGUGCCCACGGCCAAGUUGACGACUGCCGGAAGUAGCAAUCGUUCCAUGAAAUCGGGUACUACGGGCGCCGAUUCUGAUUUGAUGGCGGAAUCUUGCGUGGCAGAAUCGUGUGCAAGUUUUGAAUUUGUUGACGACGACGAGCCGGAAGCGCAAGUCGAAGAUGAUGACGAAGAGGAAGGCGAAACGACAGAACAGGAACAGCAACGCUCUCAACCGCCUUCACCACCCAAAUUGAUCGUCAUUAGCUCCGACGGCACCAAAUCCAGCUCAGCUGUGUGUAGUCCCAGUAGCACAUCUGAAAUUGGUAGCGUCUUUGGUCUACGCUUCGACCCUCAAGAAAACAAAAUGACGCUUCAGCUGACGCCAGCUGCGGGCGAAACAGUUCGCUCCCCUCAAGGCCUUUCAGAGUUGCCCGAAUCAUCUAAACUGCAGCCGAGCAGGUUUCCUUUGGAUUUGAGUAGUCCAACACGGUCAGAAGGUCUUUUUCCUAGUCUUAAAAGCCAGGCCAAGAAAAGUGAAUACGAAAAUGCGACGGAUGACGAGCGCAAACGGGAUGAUGUAGCCGUGGCUGUUGACGUGCGAAGGGAACAGGAACAAGUUCGCCAAAUCCUGGCCAGUGCUGCCGCCCUUCAGGCAGAAACAAGCCAAUCGGAAUGGAGUGAAGAUGACGACGAUCUUUCCGACGAUGACAGCAACGAAGACGGACAAGAUCAAGAUUGUCCUCAAGGUCCUUUGCUAGGAUCGAACCACCAGAAUUCGAUAGGCAACGGCAGAAAAUUGUGCCAUAAUCGUCGACGCAAGUUCCAUUUUGGACUGGCCAGCGAUGUCGAAUCGACGGGCUACACAACCGAUGACGCAGGCAUGGAGAAUCUUUCCGUAUUUAACGAUGCCGGGCUGACGGAUGCUGAGGGAGCAUUAAGUGACAUUAAUUCACUGUUAAACGAUGGAAUCCCUGUUGGUGACUUUGAUAUGGCUGAUGACACGAGUCUCAGCUCCCGUGCUUCCUCCCGAUUCUUCGAUUCGGAACCUAUUCUUAAUUUAGAAACGUACACGAAUCCAUCCGCUUCUGGAGUCGGCUCAAAUAAAAUGGCAAAUAGUAUGUUGUAUGAUUCUGAAUAUGACAAUUACGGUCCGAGUUCCUUAGCUUCGGACGAUCUGUACGACGAGGCGUCGUUGAACGCCGCAGCCAGCAAACAACUGAUUGGCGGUGAAGAUAAGAUUCGCCGCGUUUCCCAGCACAUAACUCGCAGCUUCGGGCAGCCCAGUCAGCGCAACCACAGCACUAGCAGCGACAGCGAAGAAGCCUAAGUUGUCUAACUUAAAGCCAGGUGAAGACCAGCUGUUCUGUUAAUUAUACUCUUUCUAAUUUAAAAACAAAAGAAAAACUCGGGAGUUUUUCUUUUCUUCUUUUCAUUUAACGAUUCAUUUGUCUAUUUCUCUCUAUUUUCUCGUUGUGUUGAUGUUUAAUUAUUCGAAUCUCUGCAGCUUUACGGAGUUUGUAAAGUAAUCGCUACACUACCCUAGGCAUUUAUUAUUAUUGCACGACAUUUUUUUCUCCGUCAGAAUUUUGAUUACGAUCAUCCGUUACAAUUCUCUUUUAUUUGUUCGAAUUUACUGUGAUUUAAGUUGAUAUCCUCUUCGGUCUUUCCUUGGGGAAGAAUAACAAACUAUCUCUGUCUCUUAAUUAUAAUGGUAUUUUUGCAUAUACUCUCUCUCUCUCUCUCGAAUUGCCUCUGCAUGGCUCUUCCUAGUUUGCGUUUUGCUCUCGCUCAUAUCGCUCUUUCGUCGGUGGCUUUUUGACGGAUCGUUUUCUUUUUUUUAAGAAGUCUUGCUGAUGUAGAUUGUUUUUUGUUUUUUUUUAUUUUGUUCUUGUGUGUAGUAUUCAGCUUGUUACUUUUUUGGUCAGUGGAAAGAAAAAAGAGGCGUGCCUUUAUCCUUAACUAUGGAUGUCGAGGAUUUGCUGAUGCGAUCCGUUUCGUUGUUUCGAUUGCUGUUACGAAUCCCGUUAUUGUUUUUUUUUACCUAAAAUGUCAUUAUGUACUUAACUAGGUAUGUUAUCGGGAAACCAUACGUAAGUAAGAAAAAAAUAAUGCCGGCAUGAUGGUUUCAAAGAAGCUAGACUAAAGCUGUUACAUUUCAGAUCAUCAAAAAAAAAAAAUAACAUACUCAGUGUUAUUAUUUUGUUUUUCUUUACACUGUGUCGAAACGAAAACAAAAAACUCACGCCCAUGUCAUGUAUAUAGAGCAAUAAGACGACGUUUUCAUCAUAGUUGUUCUUCAAUAAACAGACGAUCUUCUGGA